CAUGUAAAAAUUUAGUUCUUACAUGUCAGAAAUGAAAGUUCAAGAAUUAAAUUUCAAUACUAACAAAUCAACUCAAACAAAGGAUGUGAUAAUUAACAUUUCAACAUGUCAAAACUGAAUUUUAAUCCAUUUUUUAUAAAAAAAAAUCUUACUAGUGUUAAUGAAUUUUUUGCUCAAAUUUCUUAAAAAAAAAAACAAUUAAAAUCUAAAACUGUUUUUCAUAUUACAAAGAAGAUUUUGGAGGGGUCUUGUCUCAUGGUGAGCGUGUCUUGUGUGUGGGCGUAGCCUGUGGUCUCACACGAACACAAGCAUCACACAAGCGGCUCCCCGUGUUUAUAUCAGACCUGCGCAUGCGCGCCGCUUGAGCGACGUUUGCUGUUAAGUCACAUGAGUUUCUGUCGCAACUUGUUUCACUAGCCAGUUGGCUAACCCUCCCAUUCUGGCGUUUACCGUUUAUAAUCACGAUAGGGAUGAUGGACAGGCAAGGAUGUAUGUGACCUUUUCUCAUCUCAGGUGAUAUGUCAGCUAAAAUUCAGCAUCAUGUCUGUGGAUGGCCCUCGGACGUCAGUGUUCACCUUCCAGUCAGCCGUACACACUGUGCAUGUCCUUCGCUCCCUGGAUGAACAAAGGCAGAAGGACGUCCUCUGUGAUGUGACUGUAGAAGUAGGGUGCAGGAGCUUUCGAGCACACUGCUCAGUAUUGGCUUGCUGCAGUGACUAUUUUUACACCAGACUCCUAAACCACACUGGGUGGAACUUUGUCAUCACCCUUCCUGAUGAAGUCACUGUAGAGGGCUUUGUGCCUUUGCUGCAGUUUGCCUACACUGCAAAGCUUCACUUCACCAAAGAAAACAUUCUGGAGAUUCACAGAUGUGCCGAGCUGUUGGGAUUUCACAAUCUCGACAAAGCCUGCUUCGAGUUCCUCAUUCCUAAGUUCACUGAUGGCAGCAGAACCACUCAGGAAGUCAAAAGAAAGAGUAAAAACAGCAGCAAGAGCAAACCCUGCCAUGAGAAGCAGUCAUCUGCCAAUGGAGACUGCAGUAUUACCAAUGAGCAGCGCAUUAAUACUGAAACAGACAGUGUGCCUCCGAUACCUGCAGCCGAGGCAGCACAGAGUGAUCCUGUUGUGCCAAGUGAACAGUGUUCUAAGGAAUGCUCCUCUGUCUCCUCUAAUAAGGAUCUGGACUUAGAUUUACCUUCAGACUCAUUCGAGGCUGGUUCUGACCAAGACAGAACGGAACUCUGUUUACAGACCUGCGGGCCACAGCUGGUGCCGUCUUCCUCUGUAGCAACUGGUGAGGUUUGUCCCUUUUUUUCAAUGCCGUGCACCAGUGAUGGUGAAAAUGUGCAUCCUACCACAGCUGGCUGUGAUGGUGACAUUUUGGAGAUGGGAGAAGCUUUUCAGAAUGGAUUGCAAAUGGAUUCUCCUGGUGUUCCUGGCGAAACGUCUGCUUGUGUGACUCUAAACGUGCCAAAUAUCACAGAAGGCCACUUUAACCAGCCUGUAAGGGUUCUAGAACCAUCAGCAGACUGCAGCCAGUUAUGUCCUCUAAGCUCCACAGAAACAAGUGAGGUUUUGGACAGCAUUGCGUCGGUGAGUAACCUAGAGAGCGUUAACACUGAGGCCACUCAGACCUUUGACUCCGCAGAGCAAAUAUUCCCUGAUCCAGCACCUAGUGAUGGGCCCGCAGAGAGGAGCACAGUGGAGAGGGAGGUGGCGGAGCAUCUGGCUAAGGGUUUUUGGACAGACUUAAGCUCCUCUUUGACAGAGCCUCUGGCAUCUAUGGACCAGGCUGCUGUUGGAAAUGGUGCCGACUUCCACUGGCUGAAGCACCUGGACUUAGGUGCUGCCCCUGAUGACUGCCCGUUUCUCAGAGACCUAAGCUCCAAUGAGGGACAGUCUGCGGGAGGUGACAGUCUGUCCCAAGAAGAGAGUAGAGAAAGUUCCUGUGUGUCUCCUAUAAACUCUGGCGAGAAUUCUGAAUGUGACACAGAGACAGACUGUGUGGCUAGCAAUGAGCAAGCAUGUGAGGUGGACUUGCCUUUCCCAGUAGAGCAGAUUUCGAGCAUGAGCAGGCGGGCGUUCCUGCAGAUGCUAAAGGAGCAGCGUUUGACCCCAGAGCAGCUGGAGUUUGUGCAAGAUGUUAGGCGGCGCAGCAAAAACCGCAUGGCUGCACAACGAUGCCGCAAGAGAAAGCUAGACUGCAUCUACAGGCUUGAGGGAGACAUCAAGAGACUAAGGACUCAGAAAGAGAAGUUGCUGCAGGAGCGUGGUCAGCUGAAGCAGAGUAUGGAGGAGACACGACAGUCUCUCUCAGGGCUGUGCCAGGUUGUGUGCCCUGAGGCUUCAGCACAGCCGGAGCAGCUCACUAUCUUAGCCAGGUACCUUUCCUCAGACUGCCCCACCUCGCUGCCCCUCACUCCCAUGGCUUGUUCUGGCUUGACUGCCUCCGACCAGGACAACCUGGCAGAGAGCUGCCUUGAGGCCAGCGUCACUGGACACCCUCCAGAUGACUGUCCUCAAGGAAAUGGAGCAGGGAUGAAACCCGCAUCUGCCCUCUUUCAAGAUGAAACAGAAAGUGACGUUACAGAACCUCAUGCCCCAUAAUCCAAAAGGCAGGUCCGUCUGGAAUUAGCAUAGGAGCAUGUCAGUGGCAUGGGAGCAUGUGGUCACCGCUUGUGGAAAUCUACCACAUAUGUGGUAAAACAAUUAUCGGCCAAGCCAAAAAUUCUAUUCAAGUUUAACAGUAUUUACCGUACUUGGAUUUAAUCUAUGAAGUGCUUAAGACUUCGAGCUGCAUAGCAGUGGAAGUAACUAUUAUGUUGGGACUCUUUUGCUGCAAGCAUUUGCUACCUAGCUAACAGGGUCUAUAAAAUGUAUUUGAGAAAUUCAGUAAAACAAUAUAGAUUCAUUUAAAUCCCAUAUAAUCCAACUAAUCUUAAAAUCAAGUAUGUUACAUUCUCUAUGGCUAAUUUGGAAUGGUAGCAUAAGUCUUACACUCACUUACAUUUGUGCAGCUGCAAUAAGAGAAGAAUCUUAGGACUUGUUACAUACGAUCUGUCCUUUGAAGAAUUGUUAUUGCUGUUGCUUAUGCUAUCAUGCUUGUAUCCUAAGAGGUGUACCACAAAGCAAGCUCAACAUAUUCAGGUAUUCUUGAAAAAAGAUGGAUAAUCUAAUCUAAACAUUCCUAGUUAAUCAAAUCACAAAGGUUAAUCAGUAUCACGAAUUACUUAAGUCCAGCUUUAGUCUGUACAUUCACAAAUAGGUGGCAAAUAAAAUGUUAUGCCAGUGCAAUAAAAAUAGAAUACACUAUUUAUGUUACACUGAGCUUCUACAAUUGCACCAAGUGCCUUAAACCAUCCAUUAUUACACAUUAGACAAAUGUUUGGGGAAGUGGAUGUCACUGAGUGUGUUUACAUGCACUUAAUAAUCCAAUAACGGCAGAAAAUCACAUUUUGUCAGUAAUCUGAUCGUUUACAUGCACUUGAGUACUCAGAUGAUGGGAAGACUAGGGUUUACAUUGGUCAGGCAGUAAUCUGAUUGCUUUCUAUCCAGCCAAUAAACUCACAGAAUAAGACAUGAUGUAAAUGUAAUGUAAAACUCAAACUUCAUGUUGUGACUUUUUUUUUAAACAUUGAGCCUCUGUACCUGAAAAUAUGAACAUAUAUUAUAUAGAACAUCAAGAAUAUUUAUACCAGUAAAUUUAUCACACAUAUAGUUUCAACAUCGCUUCAAAAGUGUUUUGUCUCCAUCUCCCAGGUGCAGUGCUAAACACUGUUAGCUUAUGUCCGGUACUGCAGUCUGUUUUCACACAUGCGCAGAAUGAGAAAUCCAAAAAAAAGAGUAUACAUGUGUUGAGAAAUCCGAUUACUAAGCUAAAAUCCAGCUCUCUUUACUAAAUUUUUUAUUCAUAUUUCUAGACCUUAUUUUGAUCUAAGAAAUCGAAAAUAUGCUGUUUACAUCACCAUUUAAAUAAUCAGACAACUGCAGAAACUUCGAUUAUGAUCAGGUUAUUAAGUAUGUGUAAAUGCACUCAAUGUCAAACAGGCUGGCUGUGUUAAAAUGUAUUCUUGUGAUGGUAGGCUCUAUCAGGCUGUGGGAAAGAUCUAGAAUAAGGAUAAGACCUAGAAAAAUUAGAAUUGUUCAGGUUUAAAUUGUUUAUAAAUUAAGAAAAGAGUAUGUCGGAUAAUGUUAAACAAUUGAACAAAAAGAAAGUGAUUAUAGCCUACUGCACAAAAUAAUAGCUUUUUCAAACAGUUAUCUGACAUUUUUCUCAUGUUUAAUUGGUUAAGAACUACAUUGUUCAUGCUCAGUUAAACACAACAUAACAUCAUCUUAAACUCUCCACCUCAUGACCGUUGAUAUUUAAGAUGUUAUCUCAAAUUUACCCUCUGAAAUCAGUAAAGUACAUAUAUCCAUGUAUGUAUCUGUUGAUAUGUAUUUAUGUGCGUAUGCUGAGCUACCCAGGUAAUUCCAUAACCCAUUUAUCCUGCUUUGUGGUAUAAUCUAAACCAUGAUGGUCACAGCUACUGUGCAGGCCUAUCACAAUUAUUACAGAAUUGUCUGAUCACAAUUAUUUAAGCUGUUAGCGUAAUUGUUAGCUUUCACAAUCAUAUGUAUGUAAAGUUGGUGUGUUUUUAUAGACAUCUUCUGGCUGGUGCUAUAACACUCUUAGAGGGCAGUGGUGAGUAACGUUUGUAUAUUUAAGCUCGAGCCAUGCCUGUCAUCAGCUGGAAGCUGCUAAGUAUCGACAGCUAGGAAACAAAAUAGCUGAUCAGCCAAUGUGGCCACUUUAGGCUUUACUUUGAUAGCUGCAUACAACGAAUACAAUUAGACAACUGUAGCUACACUAUGUAAGUUUUGGGGAUAAAAAUGUAUGUGGUCUGAAAAACUCCCAUAAAAUCCAAUCCAAAACUUCUGAAAUGAUUUGACUCGUAGCUGUGCAAGAACUCCAUAUUGUAGCAUGUUUUAUUUUUCUAUUGACGUAGUACAGCUUUAAAUUAUUAGUUAAAAUUAUUUAUAUGGCAACUAAUUGUGUGACAGACCUACUUCUGUGUAAAAGUCAGUUCAUAUCAUGAUAUAAAUUGAAGGCAAUACUGCCCACACCAAUGGUCUACCCUGUAAUUUUCACUCGGGAGCAAAUGUUUCAGCUGUGUAAUUCUGAGUAUAAUUUUCUUUACUUCAGAACACUUUUCAUAAUGUUUAUGAAUAAAUGUAUAUAUCUAAAUUUGCACUGUGUUGCUACACAUUUCACAUGGAAGUUUCAGGAAGCUUUAGCAACUUGUAUUUGCAUCAUUCUUGUUUGCUGUUUUGUAAGAUGUGCAUGACCAAAAGGUAAGGAUUCUUAAUUAUGUAAGAGUCUGCUUGCCAGCUUGGAAUUCCUUGUCCGCCCAGCACGUUUAUCUUAUGCAUUAUUUGUACAGUAACUGCAGUGCUCUUAAUUAUGCUAAUAUAUCAUGAUUCUCACUGUAGGAGUAAUGGAUAGCGUAUAUGCAGCUUCAGUCAAACGUAGCACAACAUUCUUGGCACUAAGUGCAUAACAUUUGUUUACUGGAUAUGUUGCACAUUUUUUUCCAGAUUUAUUCAUACAUGCAUAUGGAUUUAUUCAGGUUUUGCAAUGACUGCCAUGUAUGAUUGUGUUCUAUGUGUUCAAUCACUCAAACAAACUCCCUUUGGCGCAAAUAAUAAUGUGUUAAGGAUGUGUGUGUAUAAUAUAUAUGCACAUACAUUUUCUUGUUUUUCAGUAUUGUAGGGUGCUGGUUCCCCAAUUUAAAAUAUUUUGAAAAAUGGACUUGUUAUACUGUACAGUUACUGUUGAUUCUUACUGAUUUUAAAAUAAUAAUUGAUUAAAAAAAGUAAUAUUCUGUCUGCAAGUCUUUCUAUAACAUUUAUCUUUUCAAAGGAAAUGUCAAUAAACUCUCACUCUAAAUACUGGCA